AUGCCUAGUGCACCAAAACAACGAAAGAUAGCCAUCGUGGGCAAUCGAUCCGUAGGGAAAUCCUCCCUUACGGUUCGGUUUGUUGAGCACCACUUUGUCGAGAGCUACUAUCCGACAAUCGAAAACACGUUUAGUAGAAUCAUCAAAUACAAUGGCCAAGAUUAUGCAACCGAGAUAGUUGAUACAGCCGGCCAAGACGAAUACAGCAUAUUGAAUUCCAAGCAUUUCAUUGGAAUCCAUGGUUAUAUAAUCGUCUACUCGGUGGCAUCCCGUCAGUCUUUCGACAUGGUAAAAGUCAUUAGGGAUAAGAUUCUGAACCACCUCGGAGCGGAUUAUGUUCCCCUCGUCGUCGUCGGAAACAAGAGUGACCUUAAGACGGAACAACGCCAAGUAUCCUUAGACGAAGGCAGACAGUUAGGAGAAGAGUUUCGCUGCGCAUUCACGGAAGCUAGCGCUCGUCUUGACUACAAUGUUGCAAAAGCUUUUGAAUUAAUGAUUGGGGAAAUUGAGAAAUCGCAGAAUCCUGCGCAACCAACCGGAGGUAAUAAGUGUGCAAUAAUGUGA